ACUAUAAAUCAGCAAGCGCGUUCUCUCUCCUCCCCCCUUUCUGAUUUUCCUACGCUUCUUGCCCUUCGGAAGCGUAGUUUUCUCUGGGAAGGGUUAGUCCGUCAGAGAGGUGGAGCAUCUCUGGCCUCUUGCUUCCUCGAUCUUCGACUCCUCUAUUUAGGAUUGUUUUACUGAUUUGUGAUGGCUGCCACUGCAACUGUUUCUUCUGGUCCCCGUUAUGCCCCAGAAGACCCUACACUUCCCAGACCAUGGAGAGGCCUAGUGGAUGGUAAAACUGGCUACCUUUACUUCUGGAAUCCAGAAACAAAUGUUACUCAGUAUGAGAGGCCUGCUGCCCCAGGCUCAGCUGCACCAAUGAAAUCUUCUGUACCGUUGAGCUCUUCAGUUCAAGUUCAGCCAUCUUCUCAAGGACAUCGGCGUGACUAUAGUCCAGAUAAAGAGGAGGAUAAGUAUAGCAGAGGUAGCAAUGGUGGUUCAAAGCUUGCAUCAGGAGCAAAGAGUCAACAAAGUGCUAGAGGUGGAACACAAUAUCCCCAAAAUGUUGCAAAUGGGACAGCCAAUUUUGGGCAUGGAGGGUCUUCUGCUAGAGGGCUUGGAUCUUCAGGUGUUGGAAGUGGUCUAUCUGCCGAGUCCUAUCGCCGUCGACAUGAAAUAACAAUUUCUGGAGAUAAUGUGCCUCCACCUUUCUCUACUUUUGAGGAUACUGGGUUUCCGUCCGAAAUUCUUAGAGAGGUACACAAUGCAGGGUUCUCUGCCCCCACACCAAUUCAGGCACAGUCAUGGCCAAUUGCUCUCCAAAGUCGCGACAUAGUGGCCAUUGCUAAGACAGGUUCAGGGAAGACCCUUGGUUAUGUAAUUCCAGCAUUUAUUCAUCUCAAGCGCUGCCGUAAUAAUUCUCAGUUGGGUCCAACUGUGUUGGUUUUGUCACCAACAAGGGAAUUGGCGACACAGAUACAGGAUGAAGCCGUAAAGUUUGGAAAGUCGUCAAGAAUUUCUUGCACGUGUUUGUAUGGGGGAGCACCCAAAGGUCCCCAACUGAGGGAUCUUGACCGCGGGGCGGACAUUGUGGUUGCCACUCCAGGCCGCUUGAAUGAUAUACUUGAGAUGAGAAGAGUCAGCCUCCAUCAAGUUUCUUACCUUGUGCUUGAUGAGGCAGAUCGGAUGCUCGACAUGGGUUUUGAACCUCAGAUACGGAAGAUUGUGAAGGAGGUGCCUGCUCGCCGCCAGACUCUCAUGUUCACUGCAACAUGGCCGAAGGAGGUUCGGAAAAUUGCGGCUGAUUUACUAGUUAAUCCUAUCCAGGUGAACAUUGGCAGUGUUGAUGAGCUUGUUGCAAACAAGUCCAUUACCCAGUAUGUUGAAGUAUUGUCAAUCAUGGAGAAACACAGAAGGCUGGAGCAGAUAUUGCGGUCUCAAGAACCAGGGUCGAAGAUUAUUAUUUUUUGUUCAACUAAGAAGAUGUGUGAUCAACUUUCUCGCAAUCUCACCCGCCAGUUUGGUGCUGCUGCCAUUCAUGGAGAUAAAUCUCAGGGGGAGAGGGAUUAUGUGUUGAACCAGUUCCGCACUGGGAGGUCUCCAGUGCUUGUAGCCACUGAUGUUGCAGCUCGUGGGCUGGACAUAAAAGACAUCAGGGUGGUCAUCAACUAUGAUUUCCCUACAGGAAUUGAGGACUAUGUUCACAGGAUUGGAAGGACUGGAAGGGCAGGUGCCACAGGAAUUGCUUUCACAUUCUUUGGUGACCAUGAUGCAAAGCAUGCUUCGGACCUCAUGAAGGUUUUGGAAGGGGCAAAUCAGCGUGUUCCUCCAGAACUUCGCGAUAUGGCUUCUCGUGGCGGUGGCAUAGGCAGGUCCAGACGCUGGGGUUCUGGGCCUGGUGGUCGUGAGGGAGGGCGUGGUGGGCGGAGUGAUUCGGGCUAUGGUGGAAGGAGUGAUUAUGGUGGAAGAGGUGGUUCAGAUUAUGGUGGUAGGGGUAGUUGGGGAGUUCCUCCCUCUUCCAGCAGGCCUGAAAGAAGUGGAGGCCGUGGCUCCGAUUAUGAUUCACGUGACAGGGACAGGUAUGAUCGGGGAUAUCAUGAUGGGCAUGAUGCAGAUGCUCGUGGCAAGCAUGAUAGGAGCUACCAUGCUAGCCAUUUUCGUGCUUUUGAUAGGGAUAGAGAACGCAGUCGAAGCCGCAGCCGCAGCCGUAGCCCUGACAGGCAUGACAAGGCUCGUGACCGCUCCCCAAUCCGUGGUUUCCAUAAAUCCGUCAUGGAUCAGGCUCGGCCAUCCCCUCCUGCACAGCAUCAGCAUUCACCGACAUACAACAGCGUUUACAGUGCGAGGGAAGUAAAAAAUCUUGUGGAUUCACGCAGCUCUCCCGGUGAGAAGUUGCGGUCACCAUCUGAUAAUGUUGGUGGGGCGGAAGGCCGUGGUGGAUCAUUCAAUGACAGUGCACCUCAACAGGGAAGAUCACCAGGCAGACAUUACGAUGGAGAAUACCCCAACAGGCCUCAGUCCUAUUUUGGGGAAGAAGAGGAGGAAGGUAUGAUUCCUGCUGAUGAUGAACAAGGUAUGCGGAUGGCUGUAGAUGAGGAUGGGUUAUUUCAAGCAGCAGAGGACGACGAACCCAAAGGGUUUUAGUGCAGUGGAGAGGCGAAGACGCAGUACUGGUCGUGGUGUGCCGUUCCAACUUCCCCCGCUUUUUUUUGAAUAAUUAUUUUUUGGCUAGUGUUGUAGUAAGGGGGCCUGGAUCUGGCGGUAGUAACAUGGUGGCGGCGUGGGAAGCAGGGUAAUUGUAAGGUAAUUGGACACUUAGCCUCUUCGAGUAUGAACAUUUUGGUGUAUGUAGCCCCACCCCCACAUUUUAGUAUAGAUAUAUAUAAUAUAGGUCAUGGACAGCGCAGCACGCUUCUGGGAAGACCCAAUCAUUUGUUUGUUUGUGCUCUGUAAAUCUGUAUGCAGUGCACUAAGAUGUAAUUCUGUCAAUAGGAGUGCGCGCAUGCGUGAACUCGCACGAUUGUUUGAUUCACAGUUGAUGUGGAUCCAGUUUCUUCCCUGUACUGGUAGGAGUGAGGACAUUUUACUGUCUGCCUGACUUGGGAUCUUGGUAUUUUGGUACACAUCUUUACUGGCUGUUUCCAAUUUCAUUCAAAUGAUACCGUGGCACAGGGAGUUGGCCCAAUGAUGAUCUACUACGAAGGGCCAGUAAAGGAUUUCAAGUUGAAUGUUUACCGAUUGAAUUGAAGAUGUUAAAACCGUGUUAUGUUCAGUGUGAUGAUGGGCGUGUCCGCAUGUAGAUGGCAAGGAAUGCAUGGAAUUCGCAGUCUGCCUUUCUGUGCUGAUGGGGGGCGCCGUCUGCCUACCAUAGGAUCAUAUGCAUAUGCAUGGUUCAUAAAACAGAUUGGUACAAUUAUUAUCCACAAUUUUUUUUUUUUUUUUUUUUUUUUUAUUUAAAGGAAAAUAACUUCCCAAAAACAAGCCUUCCCCUUGCACAAGAAAGGUUUAAUGCAGACCGUGUAUUUAUUGUUGAAA